CUUUAUUUAAUGUUGGUAUUUUUUUACUUGGAUUUCUUAGCUUGAACUCCCCCCUCCUCUUCCUCUACACUUAACUCUUUUCCAGUAUGAGUUCGAUUUCCGCAUCCAAGGCAAAGCGUCUCGCGGCCAAGGCCGCCCGUGCUGAAGCCAAGGGCUUGAGUGCCGGUUCCACUCCCAAGACUUCGGGAAAGAACACACCCAAUGACGCCAGCGCAACCGAUGAUCUGGGCAUGGACAAAUUGAAGAUUCAGGUUGAUCGUACUGCUACUGGUGUUUAUACUUCGCAGGAACGUAGCAGAGAUAUCAAGAUCGACUCAUACUCUCUCAACUUCCACGGACGUGUUCUUAUUGAUAAUGCGACCAUCGAACUCAAUUUUGGCCGUCGUUACGGUCUUAUUGGUGCCAACGGUUCAGGCAAAUCCACCUUUUUGCAAUCGCUUGCUUACAGAGAUAUUGAAAUUCCUGAUCACAUUGAUACCUACUUGCUGAACCAGGAAGCCGAACCUUCGGAUAUGAACGCCAUUGAGGCUGUCAUCUACUCGGCCCAACAGGAAGUCGCUCGUCUCGAAAAGCAAGUGGAGGAUCUUCUCGGCGAAGAAGAUGGUGCGGACAACCCAUUGUUGGACGAUAUCUAUGAACGUAUCGAACAGAUGGAUGCCGCCACUUUCGAACCUAGAGCUUGUACUCUUUUGUCAGGUUUGGGUUUCGAUACGAAGCAGAUGCAAAAGGCUACCAAGGACAUGUCUGGUGGUUGGCGUAUGAGAGUCGCGUUGGCUCGUGCUCUUUUCAUUAAGCCUACCUUAUUGCUUUUGGAUGAACCUACCAACCAUUUGGAUCUUGAAGCGUGUGUCUGGCUUGAAGAAUACUUGAAGACCUACAACCGUAUUUUGGUUGUUGUGUCUCACUCCCAGGAUUUCUUGAACGGUGUCUGUACCAACAUGAUGCACUUGACCCACAAGCGUAAGCUCGUGUACUAUGGUGGUAACUACGAUACGUUUGUCAAGACCAAGGAAGAAAACGAAAUCAACCAGGCCAAGGCUUACGCUAAGCAGCAAGAAGAAAUUGCUCACAUCAAGAAGUUCAUUGCCUCCGCCGGUACUUAUGCCAACUUGGUGCGUCAAGCUAAAUCCAAGCAGAAGAUUAUUGAUAAGAUGGAAGCCGCUGGUUUGAUUGAAAACGUCGAAAAGCCUCCGUUGUUCAAGUUCGCCUUCACGGAUGUUGCCAAGCUUCCUCCUCCUGUGCUUGCUUUCCAGGAAGUCUCUUUCUCCUACAGCGGUGAUAUGUCCAAGGCUCUGUACAGAGAUAUUGAAUUGGGUGUGGAUAUGGAUUCCCGUGUGGCUCUUGUCGGUCCCAAUGGUGCUGGUAAAUCUACACUUUUGAAGUUGAUGAGCGGUGAAUUGGUGCCUACCGAAGGUCGCGUCCAGCGUCACACUGCCUUGAAGCUCGGCAAGUACUCUCAGCACUCCAACGAUCAGCUCGAUAUGGACUUGUCUCCUAUUGAUUACAUGAAGAAGAAGUUCCCUCAGGAGAGCACUCAGACCGACUUUUGGCGUCAACAGAUUGGCCGUUACGGUUUGUCCGGUACCCAUCAAACAUCCCCUAUUGGCCAACUUUCCGAUGGUUUGAAGUCUCGCUUGGUCUUUGCCGAAUUGGCGGUGGCCCGUCCUCACAUCAUCUUGUUGGACGAACCUACUAACCAUUUGGAUAUGGAAUCCAUUGACUCGCUGGCCAAUGCCAUCAACAACUUCACUGGUGGUGUUGUUCUUGUUUCUCACGAUUUCAGACUGAUUUCCCAAGUUGCCAAGCAAAUCUGGCGAUGUGAGAACGGCAAGGUUGAACCUUUCGAAGGCUCCAUUGCCGAAUACAAGGAAUCGCUCCGAAAGAACGUCAAGUUGUAAACUACACGAUAUAUCAAUCAAAUCUUUGUCCAAAGGAGAUUGGUUUUUUUUUACAUUUUCUAUUAUCUGUUUUUCGCUUCAUAGACAGGAAAAAGUUGUUAUUUUUUUUUUCUUUUUGCUCCCCCUUUUAUUUCGCCCUUUUUCAUUUCAUGCUUCCUUUGUACAUCUUAUCACAACAUAAAGAAGGUUCUCUUUAUUCAUUGGGGUGCAAACGAUGGUUUUUCUCUGG